AUGGUUCUCGAAGCGACGAUGCUCGUGCUCGACAACUCGGAAUGGAUGCGAAACGGUGACUACACACCCACGCGUUGGGAGGCGCAGGCGGAUGCCGUCAGCAUGAUCUUUGACGCCAAGACCAACUCGAAUCCAGAGAGCGAAGUAGGCCUCAUGACCAUGGCCGGCAAGAGCCCCGAAGUGCUCGUGACGCUGACACAGGACAUCGGCAAGGUCCUCGCGGCGCUUCACCGCAGCAAGAUUGUCGGCAACGCCGAUCUGGCUACUGGCAUCAAUGUCGCCUCGCUUGCGCUCAAGCACCGUCAGAACAAGAACCAGAGGCAGAGGGUCGUAGCUUUCGUCGGCUCGCCUGUCGAGCAGACCGAGGACGACCUGGUCAAGCUCGGCAAGAAGCUCAAAAAGAACAACAUUGCCGUCGAUAUUGUCAGCUUCGGAGAAGACGUCGAGAAUGAGGAGAAGCUCACCAAGUUUAUCGAGGCAGUCAACAGCGGCGAGAACAGCCACCUCUUGAGCGUACCGGCAGGCCCUCAGCUGCUUUCCGACAUCAUUCUCUCCUCGCCCGUGCUGCAGGAGGAGGGCGGUGACUCAGGCGCCGGCCCAUCCGGCAGCGGAGGCGGAGGCAAUUCAUUCGAGUUCGGCGUCGACCCGAGCAUGGAUCCGGAGCUAGCGAUGGCCCUCCGACUUUCGCUCGAGGAGGAACAGGCCCGACAGCGGGCAGCCGAAGGAACCUCGGGGUCACAAGCCCCGUCGCUUCCGACCGUUUCGGAGGCAAGCGAAGUGGCCGCACCAGCAGCAGCAACGGCUGCUUCCCGCACCGCUGGCGGCUUGGCUGGGAGCGGCUCCAUGGUGCCAAGGGGUGCUGAAUCUAUCACAGGCGAGGGCCACAACGCCGAGGACGAGUCGGAGGAGGAUAUGCUUCAGAAAGCGAUCGCUCUCUCACAGGCUGGCGGCGCUUCGGCCUCGAAUGACGAGGAUGUCGAUAUGGCAUCAGCUGAGCCGUCAGCCACAAGACGAGCAGUCGUGGCCGGACAAGAGGGCGAGGAGGACGAAGAGAUGGAUGAGGACGAAGCUAUCGCAAGGGCCAUUCAGAUGAGCCUGCAGGAGGGCGAUGGAGACAGCAAGUAG